AAAGACACGUAAAGCAACAAAACUACCCAACCUCUUUUUAUGAAUUAAAACUCAAGAAAAACAAAAAUUUAAUCACAAUGGACGCAGGAACGUGGUAUCGAUCCCUGCCCCGCUUCACCCGCUAUUGGAUUACGGCCACCGUUGGCCUCAGCUUGUUAUGCCGCUUCGAUAUCAUCCCGCUGCACUGGCUCCAUCUGGACCGAUCUUUGGUCCUUGGAAAGUUUCAGCUUUGGCGCUGUAUGACGUCACUGUUCGUGUUCCCCAUCUCGCCGAACACAGCCUUCCACUUCUUGAUCAACUGCUACUUCAUCGUUCAGUACAGCUCCAAGCUGGAGAAGGACCAGUACAACCGGAGCCCGGCGGAUUACCUGUACCUAUUAAUCAUUGCCGCAGUGCUGGCCAAUCUUGGUGGACUUCUCUUCAAUGUUUAUUUCCUGAUGGACAUGCUGGUGAUGGCCAUCACUUACAUAUGGUGCCAGCUUAACAAGGAUGUGACCGUCACCUUUUGGUUCGGCACUCGGUUCAAGGCCAUGUACCUACCCUGGGUGCUGGCUGGAUUUGAAUUCAUCUUCAAGUUCUCCCUGACCUCAUUGAUGGGCAUCUUCAAUGGUCACAUAUAUUACUUCUUUAAGUUCCAAUACUCGCAGGAUCUGGGCGGUACCGCGCUUUUGGAAACGCCACAGUUUUUAAAACGUCUUGUACCGGAUGUCUCUGGCGGUUUCGGUGGCUUUGGAGUGCCACCAGAGAGCAGAGCACCACCGAGGCAGGCGGCCGACAACGCUUGGGGCAGGGGCGGCAUGACCUUGGGUGGCAACUAAACUCGACUCUAAUCCACCGCACUCAAGACUAAUUCCCUUUUACACAAUUUAGUUAACUUUUUUUGUAACAAAACUAUCACUGGAAGGCAUUUCUUUUAAAACCAAACCCCGGAUUCUCAGGCAAAGGCAAUAUGUUAACACCUUGCAUCGGCGGAUUGUAUUGUGCAUUAUUGAAAUUAUAUUAAUAUAUAUGUUUGUACAUAUACACCUACAAAAAAAGACAAAUGAA